AUGGGUCUUGGAGUUUUGGAAGACAAGAAACUGGCCCAUGUGCCAGCCACAGGCACAUCCGACAUCUACGAGACUAACAACCAACCCCCUAACUUGAAAUGCGACUCGACAGGAACACAAUCAAUAAUUCUAGUCCCACAGCCCAGCAACGAUCCCAAUGACCCAUUGAAUUGGCCAUUAUGGCGCCGCGAUCUCAUCCUCGCCAUCAUCUCCUUCGUCACAGUCCUCUGCACAACCCUCUCGUCCAUCCUGGCCGCAAACACAGUCACCAUCGCUGACUAUGAGGAAAUCACUUUCACCGCUGCCGCCUUGCUCACCGGAUACCAUCUUUGCGGCGUUGGCGUCGCGGGUAUUUUGAUCGUGCCGACAGCUCGAGUCUGGGGAAAACGCCAUCUAUUUUUGCUCGGCCAUGUCUUGAUGAUUGUUAGCUGUAUUUGGGCUGGGGCUAGCGGGAAGAAUAAUAAUAGUUUGCUGUGGGCAAGAAUCUUUCAGGGUGUUGCGUUGGCACCUUUUGAGGCGCUGGUUAAUGCUUGCGUAGGGGAUCUUUAUUUUGUUCAUGAACGAGGCAAACGAAUGGCCGUUUCCAAUGUCGCGCUGUUCGGCGCUGCCUUUUUGACUCCUGUUGUCGUGGGCAAGAUCACUAAGACGAUGGGAUGGCAAUGGUCAUUUUACUUUGUUGCCAUUUUUCUCGGCGCUUCGCUGCCCCUGAUGUUCUUCUUUGUGCCUGAGACUGCAUUCCGCCGCCCGGAGCAUUUGAAUACGGAUUUCAAACGCAGCGGUGGUCAGGGCGAGUCGGCAGAGUCUCAUGUAUCCCUUAGCGGGGCAUCGAAUGAUGAGACGAAGGAAUUACGACCUAGCUCCAAUGGCGUCAGCCUUGAAGCGGUGAUGCCAGUCCCCGAGAAGGACUCGUUCAUCAAAUCGCUCAGGCUGUUCAACGGCCGAAAGACGGAUGAGAACUUCUUCAAGUUACUCCUUCGUCCGUUCCCGUUGUUUUUACAUCCGGGCAUUCUCUGGGCUUGCCUUAUUCAAGGGGUUGUUAUCGGCUGGGCUGUGUUUGUAGGUGUCGUUCUAGCAAUUGUAUUCCUCGGACCCCCCAUGUGGUUCGAUGAAGACAAGACCGGGUAUAUGUACACGGGCGCGUUCAUCGGCUCCAUAGUGGGUCUGGUCCUGUCCGGCCUACUUUCCGACUCCAUGAACAAAUUGAUGAUCCGACUGAACCACGGCAGAUAUGAGCCAGAAUUCCGUAUCUUGUUGGUGAUCUUUCAGCUCAUCUUUUGUGGGAUCGGACUGUAUGGGUUCGGGUGGACGGCGAACGAUGUCAUGCGCUAUGACUGGUUACUGCCGGAUGUCUUUUUCGCAUUCUUGAUUGUCGGUAUGGUGAUGGGUGCCGUUGCUGCGUCGCUUUACAUUGUGGACGCUCAUCGUGAGAUGGCCGUCGAGGCAUUUACUUGCAUGCUCGUUUUCAAGAACAUGUUCAGUUUUGUCUUGACAUUCUAUGCUUACAACUGGUUUGCCCACGGGGGUAUCAAACAUACCAUGGUUGUAAUUGGUAGUAUUCAAGUGGGCAUCUGUCUACUGAGUAUCCCCAUGUAUAUCUUCGGGAAAUGGAACCGAUCGUUCUUUGCACGUCAUGACAUCCUCGAGAUACUUCGUCUCCGCUAA